ACCAGAAGAGGACUGAUAGAAGAUCUCAGUCGAACUUUUUGCGUGCGUUGAACGAUUUUUUAAUUGAAAAUCAUGGAGCUCUGUGUGCGAAACGAGACGUUUGCAUCCCCGGCGUGCGUCGCGGCACAAACGGAUGCGCAGCAGUCUGGAGCCGGUAACGGGAGUUUGGAGACCUCCAACAUCACCUGCUGCAACGUCUCCUCAAUCCUCAUACCUCCGCACGUACGGCAGAGAGGUGAGCGGAAAGAGAUAACUGAACUUUUGUCACCUGGAGUUUUUCUUUUAAAGCUGAAUUGUUACCAUGGUUUGUGAUAAUUGUCUGUGUGCCUGAAUUUUCUUUUAAAGGGAGUUUGCAAGUUAAUGUGGUUAGUCUGUCAUCCCCAGCUUGUGAUGUCAAGAAGGCAACACUUAACGGUGCUACAGAAAAAAAGAAAAAGGGAAUAUAUUUUACAUUUCUUUUACAAUGGCCUCAGCUUUUAUUUUCAAAUGUUUGAAAAGUAAAUCAAGAUGAUCUGGGAUUUGGCUUUGCUGCCCACACACACACACACACACAAGUGAUUCAUAACUGUAUAUGUUUUGUUAGAAAUUUAAAUUCAUCAGUAAAGGCAUUUGUAGGCUAUGAUGCUCCUUAAGCUGUCUGAAUUCUUUUUGCACCUUUACCAUCCCAGAAUUCAUCAGUACACCGGGGACAGGAUGUGAUUUUUCACACUUGAGGUGCAUUUUUGUCUCACUCAUUUAUAAAGGAACUUAAAGGAGAAACUGUGAAUGACGGAUCAGAGAGUCAAGAGUGAGUGCGUGUGUCAUAGUCAGGAAUCAAAUACCGGCAACACAGGGGAUUUAUUCAUAAAAAGGUCAGAUGACUUCUGUGCCACAUGUUCAUGCUGCUGCUUCCUGCUGUUUUUCAUACUUAACAUCCAUUUUUAUCCUCCUCUUCCUCUCCCUCCACAUUGGCAUAUCUGUGUGUCACAGAUGACGCAGUCUGUCAAAGCCUUAUGAGGCAAAUGGCUGAUUCUGUACUACUAUAAAAAUAUAACUGAUUUAACUCGUUCUUGCCAACGAAUAAGAACAUCAAAGUGCGUCAUCACUCUCCUCUCUUCUUGCUACUUUACCAAUCAACACGUGCUAUUUUCAACCACCUCCACUUCGCUGUUUGUCAGUGUUUCUGCUUGUGGAUGAGAUUUUUUCAAGAGUGGGCUUCAGACGCUCAAGAUUGAACAUCUUCAUGCUGUUGAAGGUAAAAGUUGGUCAUUAAAAGUGAGAUGUAUUUUGCUUUUAACCCUUGAUAAAAACCUGGAUUUUUUUCUUGGAUGGUCUCACUCACCUCUCAGGUAUAUUGACUGUUUUGCGCCCUCACAGAUUAUCACUCUCUGUAAUUUGGCUCCUAAAAUGUGUUCUUUCUCUCAAUUACACAACAACGCAGGCAGCUUGCAAAUUGGUAAAAGAGGGUGUGUGACCCUGUACAGCUGCUGUCAGCCUCAUUACUCACUCCAUCACUCAUGAGUUUGAUUACUUCUUCUCCACCACGCUUUCUUUUUCCUGUCUUCUUCUUUCCCUGUCAAUCACUGCAAUAUUAAUGUUUCGGGAUCAAGCUGAAGCGUGUCACCUGUCAGACUCAUGAGUUAUUGCAGCAUUUUUUUUCUCCAGAUUGGUGUCAAACCAGGUGCCGUAGACCACUUUACUGUUUAUUCUUGCCUCCACUUUGAAUCAGUUUUUUCUUUAUGAAUCAGUAAAAAAACAUUCAACUUCACUCUAAUCUACAGGUUUAGUUAUGAGCUGUGAGAAGUGACUGAAAAAAUAAAAUACAGGUGCCUGAAAUUACUUUCCUGAGAGGAGUGGCUUGGCUUAGCCACCUAGAGGGGAUCUAGAGCUUGAAGAGUCUAAAGAAAUCUUAAGGUGGUCCGGGAAACUGCUAAGGGUGCCUCCUGAGUGCCUAUCUUAAGAGAUUUUCCAGACAAGUUCAACAGGGAGGACAGACCCGGAAAGUGGUGGAGGAGUUACAGUAUGUAUCCUGUCGAGCAUUGGGAUGCCUCUUAAUCUCCGAGGAUGAGCUGGAAAGUGUUGAUUAGGGAAUGGAUGUUAAUAGAUGGAUGCCAUUUGUGGUCAAGUGGAAACUAAUGUCUAUUAACCUAAUCAAGCCAAAAUGACCUCAUGUUGAAGUCUGACCAACAGAUGUCUCUCAUGUUUAAGUCCUGUUGAACUGUUGGUUCUGGGCACAAAUAUGACCUGGUUAGUUCUGGGGAUAUAGCAACAAAAUGUGGUUUAAAAAAGAGAUUAGUUUAGGUUUAAAAUACCAUUUUAUCAUUAACAUUAAUUAUUAAUUAUAUUGUUAAGCAAAAGAAGUGAGCCUGUUGUCAGAAAAAUUAAAAUAAGCAGGUAUCUACUGCUGUCACAUGUGCUGCUUUGCUUACCUGUCUAUCAUUUCUGACUCUCUCUCUGAAGUGACAGCCUCCCAAGCAACCAAACCAAUCUCCAGUCUUGAAAAAUGAAUCUCAUGUGUAAAAAAACCUCUAGUUUUCAAUUAAAGCUGAUCCCAUCAAGGAAACCCCAUUAAGGGUUCAUAUUAACUUGCCCCUGUUUACAUCAAAAUUAAACAUGUUUAUUGCCCAAGGCUUCAGUUUUGUUGGCUCUUUUUCUCAGCUGUGCAGAAAUUCACAUUUGUAUUAAACAUCAUUUUUGAUUAGAUUGAGACGAAGGCAUGUGCGUAAGUCGAUAGUGGUGGCUGAUUCGACUGACAGGUGGCCGUGUUGUAGCUGUUUUGCUGGUGGUGGACUAUCGCCUUGACUCCAUCUCUUUGCUUGUUAGACCAAAAUAGUUGGAACAUUUCCAAUGUGACAGUGACCAUCUUUGGUCUUCCCAAUGCCAGACAUCACCAAAACUACUCCAUGUUUCCUUCAAUCUAGGUUUGCACCAUAAAACAUGUUCUAAUGAUAACUUUUACUAAAGAUGUUCUGAACUGACUGAUUUACAAGUUAUUUCAAUGCAAGUUCAAAUUCUUAAUAACCCAUCAGUCUGAAGGUAAAAAAACAAUCAUAACAGUUAAAAUUGAGUACAAAUGAAUCAACACAGUUAAACACAGGAUAAUAGAGUCUAACGAUGCCAAGUGAUAAGUGCGGCAAACAAGAACAGAACUAGCACCACCAGUCAAAUUGCAAUGCUGCACAUGAUGCCAUCUUACAUCUGUGCUUGUUACAUCAGGGUGGUAGAUCAUUAAAGCAGUGGGCAAUAAACUGGAGCUACAGCCUCAGAUAGUAGUGGGCAACUGAACAACAGACUUAACAUAUGACCGACAUGAUGUAACCCUGCAGAGCAGAUGGAUUGGCCAGAUUCCAUGUCUGUCAUUGGGCAAAUCCAUUUUGUAAAGCCUCCAGUUGAUACGAUUGUUCCCGGUCAGAGAGUGACAGAACCAACGGGAAUCAUUUGAGGAGAAAGAGGCAGAGACUAUGGGUAUGUUGAGUAUUAGUGGUAAGAAGCAGCUGAAAGCCUGUAAUAAAACAGUGGCCCGUGAAGAGUGUAGAGUAAAUACAGCUGAAGUUCUGAUAUUAUCAGAAUUUUGGAAAUAUUUUCUCAACAGUACAGUUAUAACUUUGUGGGGAUUGUUGUUUUUGGAGUCACGCCUCAUACAAAUAAUCAGCAAAGCAACCAUAAAGUCAUAUAAUUUAAUGAACUUAGACCACCACCCAGUAGAGGGUGGGGUUUGAGAUUAAGUAAAAAAGAGAAAUAAAAAAUAACCUUUGAUAUAAAAUAUAAGUGGUAUGAGGUCUUAGAAUAUUUGUCUAUAGCUGCGUUUACAUGGGCACAAAUAAUCUGAAUAAAGGCCCGAUCGGAAUAAAAAUGCAUCAUGUAAACAUUUCGAUCAAAAGAUUCCGAUUAAAUUUGGCUCAAUUGGAAAGAAAUUGUAUUCUGAAGAAGAGGGGUGGUUCAUGCCGGUUACUAUUCUGAAACAUGUCCACGUAAACACUUUUUUCUGGACGUGACUUUCUGCUGGAGCAAAACUAACCUGACUGAGCAUGUCCAUUCUAACUGGAGGGAAAAAUCCUGAAUUGGGUGAAGUGAGCCACUACCGCGUUUGUUGGUUUGUUGACAGCACUGGUGUAAAUGCAACUCUUCUUCUGCAAAGGUUUUGGCGUUUCUAAUCUGAAUAAGGCUUGGUGCACGUAUACACACGUCAUGAUCUGAUUAUUUGAUUUUGCGCACAUACAAACAGUGGAUUCAGAUUGUCUGAACCCUUGAAUUUUUAAUAGGAUGAAAAAAAAUUUUGCACAUGUGAACAUGGCUUAUGUCUCUAUAGAAGCUUUUGUUAUAUGAUUGGAUGACAAAGAGCAGGCUUCCUGAUUGUUAGGUGUCAAAAAAUGUUCUACCCUGAAAUCUUUUGGGAAUAUGUCCCGUUUAUAUAACAAUGGCACACUUGUUGACUGGAUUUUUUUGCAGGAGAGUAUAAAAGUAAAUAAAUGAAUCCCUAAACAUAUCACUGCUUUGUAAAACUGGAACUGUUCCACAUCUGAUGUGGCCGCUAAACAUGAGCAACAUGACUCAAAGCAUGGGAUAAAAAAACUCCCCCGACAUAGCUGGAGAGGAACAUCCCUCAACCACAACUAUCUUUCUAAAUGGUUUCACACUGAUGCAGUGAGGUGUUGUGAUAUGGAACAGAAACUUGCAGACUUCAUAGCACUUGGUUUGACACCCUUGCAUAGACCUGAAAGAAACUGUUGAGAAAUUCUCGUCACAUCUUGUUUUCUGCAGAAGACGCAGGUGAAUGACUAUUUAUGGAGUCAAUAAUAAUGUUAGCGGACGCUGGCUGGUUUCGCUCGAACUCAUCAUUCAACAUCAGGAGGUCAUUAGUUUGAAAAUGUUGACGACGGCGACAGAAGUGAGGUUCAUCAGUCACCACCAGAGCAAAAAGAAAAAGAGAGAUUGAAAUCAAGAGACUGAGAGUACAUCUACUCUUCACAGAGGGCAUUUGAAGAAGAAAAGAAUUAAAAGCUCUCCCAUGACUUUCCCUGCACUCCACCUCUCCUGUUGGUGUGUGUCUCCAUUACUCACACCCUCUCGUCUUACUGCCUGUUGAGGGCGUACAGUAUUCAAUACAUGCCUGCUGCACGAUAUUUUAUUUUGUAGCCCAACCUCGAUGACCCGGGGGCUCGGCUUCUCCUGUGUUAUGGUGGUUUCCUCAAUCAACCGUUGAGGGCUGCAGUUGGCUUAGCGUCAAGGUUUAGAUGACAUUUACCAUGCUGGAUGAGCCGCUAUAGCUGUGACAUUUACCCACAAACCAGUUUUACAGGAGCAGAAUCAGCUCCUCCCUGAUAGAUGAAAGAACACCAAAGUAACGCUCAUCGCAUAUGGAUCAGACAGAAAUGGGCUUGUGGUCAGUUUAAUGUAUUCUCUGGUGAUUGAAAGGAAACCAAUGAAAACCUCAAAUAUUCAUGGACGAUUUAUGAUUCGCAUUAGUAAUUCAUAGACUUUUCCCCCGCAUGUUCUAAUAAUAGCCUUGACUUUAUUACAAAGUUUCUAUUAUUGUAAGCAGGUAAUCUGUUCACCAUUACAUCCAACCCUUCAAUUGCAGGUUAUGAAACAAUUAUAAAGCUCUUUAGCUGAUGUUCCACAAAGAUGGAAAGUUUUAACGGGUUCUGCACAAAAACUAUAUAUAGUCAAAAUGUGUAGCAUGUACACAUUUGAUACUGUCCAAGCAGACUUCCUGUACAUUUGUGAUGUAACCAGAACGGAGACAUUACAUGCAGGACAACUCUAUGUGCACAUCAUUUCACUGAAACUGCAUGAAGAAAGCAUCUGAAUUGACAGUCUUCUCUCCACGUUCUGCUCAUUUUUUCACACUGCUUUCAGUCGGUAAAUAUGAAGCAGACUGUGAACCAGAGCCAAGGGCAGCCACUGCUCUCACACUCAGAAAACUAUCCCUCCACACCUCCAGCGCUCCAGUGCUGCAGGCUCUCCUUCUGUCAUUUGGCUCUGUCACUGAAAAUAGCACUCCUAAUAAAUUGUGGAAACUGAGUGCACACCAAAUGAGUCUAAACGAGCGGGGUAGGCUCCUUUGACCAUCCCAUUUUACCUGUUGAGAAUUUUAGCUUAAGAGCUCGAUACAUACCUAUUUGGUAUUUUCUUCAAAAACUGAAAAACUCUCUGAUUCUUGAGAGGGCAGCAUGCAUCCUGCAGCUUGACUGCAGAUUUGUUCAGAGGUGUGGGCUGGCAGACAUAGCAGAGGAGAUGUGAGCAAAUUCAGGUGGUAAUAAGACAGAAAUUGAGGGGUAGAAAUAAGAUGGAGCUGUGUGGGUUGGCCCUGCACCAGAAGGCAGGCUAUUGAUAUAAAACUAAUCAUACUUUAAAGGCACGAUGAGUCAGAUUCCCUUAAAAACUAUAAUUCAGACUCAUAGAAAAAUAAUCCCUCUCAAUCAUCUCUCAUGACUCACUUGAUGUGCAUGACACUUUCUUCAUCUGCCCUUAUUUCCUAAUUUUGCUAAAAUUUUACCAGCAGUAUGUGCUGAGUCCACUUUGCAAAAUUGAAACAUUACUUUCUCCAUGUGACACCUCUGAGGACUGGUAUACAUUAAACAUCUGUAUAAAUAUGAUGCGAUGUCAACUAACACUAACCGGUGAAUGAGUUAUGACGCACAACCAAAGAUAACAAACUCUGUGCUUACACUGUACGGUCUGAUUGUCAAGACUGACUUAAGUACUUACAUGUUAAAUCUGAUCAGACCAUUUAUGAUUAUCACUAAAGAUCCUUUUGAAAACUCCCCAAGAUGGAUGUUAAAGUUAAAAGAUACAACUUCAAUAAUCAAGUUUGAUUUCUGACACAUCAAAAAAUAGAAAAUAAAAAAUUCUAAUCUUCAUAACUGUAGAUUCAUGGUAGAGCUGUUGUGUUGGAUUGCAUUAGAUUACAGGUGAUAAUAAAGCUAUUACUGAUUGGUGCACACCUUUCAGUUACCUACACCAUGUGGCAUGGUGUUUUCAGAAAUACAAAUAAAAUUUUGACCAACUGAGACCAAAAAGACCAAAGAUGUCAGGUAAUGUAAGAGGAUAGAGAGGUAAAGGUCAUUCCUCCCUUCUGCAAUAAGACUUUACAACGAACUGUAAUAGAACUGGACUCACACCACCACUUUUUUCUGGUACUUAAAUUGUGUAUAUUGUAUAUAGUUUUAUUUUAUUUUAUUUUAUUUUAUUUUAUUUUAUUCUCACCUUUUUCCUUUUUCUAAAUUUUUUCUUAAUUAUUACAUUUAUUUAAGUUCUUAAUAUUACGAUCUUUAUUUUUAUAACUGCAUUUUGCACUACCUUUGUCUGUGAUGCUGCUGUGGCAAAAAAAAAAAAAAAUCCCCCAUGGGGGAUCAAUAAAGGAAUGUUCUAUUCUAAUAUUCUAUUCUAAAAGCAUUAGAAUCUAAAAAAAAGCAAUUUAAUGUGAUAAAAGUAGUUGAGGCAGAAGAGAUUAAAGAGUUAAAAAUUAAAAAGAAGUUAUUGAAAAUUAAAAAUUUAUAAAAAUAAUGAAAGCCAAGAAGCAGUUAAAGCAAUAAGAGUGAAAUCUUAAACAACUAGGAGGGUCCUACCCAAGGCUAGUAGGCUAUGAGCUUGCUCAUGAGGAGUAAACUGUUUUAAUGUGCAGCUUGGAGCCAGAACCCCUAUGUGCCUGAAGAGUUGAUGGAAAAGACACCAAGGCUGCUCUUGAUUAGGAUGGUGUAGCUUUCUGAACCAAAUAAUAUCAUAUGUGAUUUUGACUUAUUUAGCUGAAGCAAGCUGCAUGCCAUCCAACAGCUGAUCUUGCUGAGAAAAUCUUUGAGAGUGGCUCGGCUCAGGAUUUAGAGGAAGACAUAUCUGUCAAUCAUCUGCAUAGCAAAGAAAAGAGACUUUAUGGAUCAUUUGGCCCAUUGGCAGUAUACAAGAGUGUAAAGGAUAAAAGCUCGGGUCGGAAACUUUGGAUAGAUCAAUAAGAGCGAGCUAGGUUAUGAAAGUUUUCAAAUUGGAAAAAAAAUCCAAACCAGCUCAUCCAAACACACAUGAGCCCAGCAACACUAACAGUGUGGAUGAACUACUGAAGACUAUGAAUGGGGAUCAAGACCCAGUUCCAUUAAAAACCUGAUACUGCAUGUUUUAAAACCCGAAAAUCAACAAUUAUGGAGAAGAUUCAUUCUGCUAUCAAGUCUUGUAAGUCUCAGAAGCAAACACAACCUUCUGUGCUGAUGUGGCCAAGCACAUUCAAGGUCAGGUCAGUAAAAUAAGAAUUGAACAAAAGUACAUGAUAUGUUAUCAUGAUGGAGCGUGAGAUUUCCAGAUGGAUUGGUGCCAUGUCAGUGUUACUAUGAACCAUUGCUCAUAUGCAAAAGAGUCAGUUAAGGCGGUUUAUGUGUUUGAUAAGGAUGCCUCCCUUCAGAGCUGUACCAGGCACUUCCAACCUAGAGGAGAGCCUUGGGUAGACCCCAGAGCUUGCUGGAGCGAUUUUAUAUCCUAUCUGGCCUGGGAAAGCCUUGGGAUCCUGCAGGAGCUAUAAAAUGUUGCUGCAGCAAGGGAGAUCUGAGUAGACUUGCAAAGACUGCUUCCAUCACAAACUAAUCCUUGAUAGGGGGAAGAAAGCUGAUGGAUGGAUCAAGAUAACUAGAGAUAACAGUUGCCAAAAGAAAGGAAAGAGGCAAAAAGAAAACUGUUGUUUGUUUGGCUGUCUUUUGUUUUCAGUGAAAUCAUUUCAGAGAGCAGCAUUUAGAUUAAAAAAAAAAUUCUCUGGGCAUCAUUUUGAGCAAUUAAUGCAGGUAACGUGUAGGUCAGGUAAUGGCUCAAUCUGACUCAGUGCAGCGCACAUCAGCAGCUAUUUGAAACUCUGGCCUGCAGGAAGCGGUGAAUGUGCUGAGCGUGUUAUCAGUGUGUCCAGCACACAGGAGAGCUAAUUUUCUUUGAUUAGGCAGGAGCCAGAAUAACAUGUUUCAUUAGGCGAGAAGAGGAGAGAGACAGAGAGAGACAGACUCAGCAAUAAAGAAGAGAGUGAAGGUCUCCGUCUCUUUCCAGUCAUAGGUCUGCACGUCUUCAUUGUGCUUAUGCAGAUGUAUGUGCACUCACAUUCAAGCACGGACACAAAUUAAACACUUGACGCUGCUGUCAUUCGCAGGCCUGUUCUUGUGAAGAAGCCCUGAUGUUCUGUCAGGAGAGCAGAAGCAGCCAUAUUAGAUGUUACCACUUUUUGUGCGCAUAGGAGUGUGAGACAGAUGGUGAUGCCUCAUAUUGAUAGACAGAAGACUGAGUGUGUAUGUGAGAGAGAAAGAGAGAGGGAAAGGCAGGCUGACUUUUGCUGACUGAGCUGAGCCCAUUAUUCAGCCUGUGUGUUGUACAAACACACUUUCAAAGAAGAGAUAAAAGCAUUAAAUCAGUGGACAUGUUCUGCUCCUUUCUAUAUAUUCACAUUCCAUGCAGAUUGCAGACUAUCAGAUUUAGUAGGUUUGUUCUUCAGACAGAUGCUAUCAAGUCCAGGAAGGGAUAAGUGCAUUAUGUUGUGUGCAUUUGAAGCGUUUUUUUAUGCCAAAAGUCAUCUGGGUGGGAUGGCUUAGGGUGCUUAAAAGGGUAUCAUGCUUAUUUUACAUGUAUGACAAAAAAUGCAAAGUUACAAUACUUGGUGUCCAUACUAAACAUAUUUGUCAUAACCCAAAAAGACACAUGUAAACUGCUCAAAUCUUGGACAAAUGAGACUGUAGUUUAUGUGUGAGAUUUACUUUCAGUCUGAUGUAAGAAUUAUAGACUCUCCUUACUAGUUCAUCUGUGCAUUAAGCAAAGCUGAACAGCCUGCCUCCAACAGCGUGUGAGGUGACACCCAUAGCAACCACACACAUAACGUACACCAGUGGCGGCUGCUCAUCUUUCAAGAAGGGGAAGCAAAUUUUUUUUCCUGACCUACAUCAUAAAUGUGUUUGUUUAUUUAUAUGUAUAUUCUACCCUCUGUUCCUUUUCAAGAAAAAUGAUCCGUGACCCUGUCCUACCAACUAGACAACUGCCAAACCCAACGCUAGUUGUAUUUAACAAAGACAAAGUCGGUGGGGAUCGGUAAAGUCUCUGGAUCAGUUUAGAACAGUGGAAUGAAAAAUGCUCCAGUGGAUGUUUGUACUUUUAGAUCCCUGAUUUACUCAUUUCGCUGUCAAUCAAAAAAGGAUUCCAUCUCAAACAGAUCAUCCAGUCAUCAUGCAGAAGCCGAGCAUCUGGGCCAGCCCACUGCCCCAUAGACCCCCAGAGAUGGUGAGUGUCGGAUGGGCGGGAUAAAGCCCAGCAUUUAUCAGACGACUGUCAAGUUUCGCGCAGUCGAACAACCCACUCUACGCUUCCCCAUUGAAGUCAGUAAUGAGAAGGAAAUCGAACUUUGCCCUUGGUCAGCUUCUGGAAAGGUAGCCAAUCAGAGGAAAGUGGGCUUGUGGAGGGGGAGGGGCCUUAAAGAGACAACAGCUAAAACUAAGUGUUUUAGACAUAGGUUGAAAUAAUGAUAUAUUAGUACACCACUGUGAGAAAUUUGAGAGUUUUUUAUCUGAAAAAUCAUGUAAAGCUUAAGGAACAUAAGGAGACAGUCUCACACUUUGGCUUGACGAACACUGAGAUCCGGAUGCACACGAUGCAUUUGAGCAGUUUUUUUAAUGAAAGUAAACUGACGUUUCAACACUGCAGGUAUCUCUCUUCAGUACUAUUAAAGAGGAAUCAGUAAGGAUAGAGUCUGUAAGAAAUGCAUAAUAACACCCCUUUAAAAUAAAAACUGGACGAUUCAACUGUGACUUUUACAAAAUGAAACGUACAGAUGGCAUAAACACCACUUUUGACGCUCAAGAUUCAAAGCAGUUUUUCAUGCAUUUCUAUGACUUGAAAAUGUCAUCAGGUAUGAGUCAUGCAUAUGUGGCUGUCUUUGCUGCGAUGUUGUGGCGUUUUUCUUAAGCUUUGUACUUUUAAUUGAAAGCAGAUGGAGAGGAAAUGGACAGAAAUAAAUCAAAGAAAACAAAAUUCAGAGGAGAGGGAAAAGGGUAAAGGUCAAGGGAAUGUGCCUAAAGGAAUGAAUACACUGCGGAUGUUGCCUCAAAGAAGUGGGAGUAAAGUGAAUAAAUGGAAAAGAGAUAAAAGAUGAAGCAGUACAUUUUUUGAGUUUUUUUCCAGGAAACAUUGUUUUGUAGUGUUGGUGUUUUUUCAGGGGAUUAACACUCAAGUGUGUUUGGCUGCAUGUGCCUGUACAACUGUGUCAAUAAAGUAAGGGGGUGUGCAUGUGUGUGAUGUGAUGUGCUUCCUGGGGAUGUGGUACACAUGGCUGCCUUUAAUCCUCAGGAUUCAGACGCAGCAGGUAACCAGUUAAAAAGUGUUGUGUCUAAGCAGGGGGUGAGGCACAGAUAACAGAGAGAGCUGAUAACGGUGACUUUACAGGAUAUGAUCCAGUGAAGCUGCUAAUGGCUGAGAGAUAGACAGGCAGGCUGUGGGCUGCAGAAUACUUUAUACUCUGGUAUACUUUAGACUGUGUCUUGUACACUGAAGAGUUUUCCCUCAGCUCGCAAAUGUACAGAAGAGGAAAUGGUGCAUAAUAACACUUAGCUGAUUGAGUAACGUAUGAGUAAAGUAGUAGUUGAGUAAGACAGUGUGAGCCAAGUAGCUGGAAGACUUUCACUGGGAACAACAGUGGAGACUAGUCUAGUUAAGUGCACAGUCUUCUCAAGAGAGCUGGGUCUUUAGCUGACUUUUGAAAGUAGGAAGGGACUCUGUGGACUGAAUGUGUUGGGUAAAUAAUUCCACCAUUUAGGGACAACAGAGGAAAAGAGUCGGGCUUGUGACUUAGGGGCCUGAUGUGCUGGAAGAACCAGGUGCCUUUCUUUGGCCGGGUGUAGUGGGUGGGAAAGGGUGCAGACCUGAAUGACAGUUCCAGUUAAUCAGAAGCAGUUUUAGUUACUGCAACGAUUAGAGUUUUGAUUUUGUCUCAGCUGCAACUGGAAGCCAGUGUGUAGAGAUGAACAGAGGAGUGACAUGAGCUGUCUUGGGCUGGUUGAAGACCAGAAGUGCUGCUGCAUUCUGGAUCAUUUGCAGAGGUUUAACUGUGCAUGCAGGGAUCCAGGUGCAUCCAGGAGCUGUGUUGCAUGUCCUGUCAGGUAGGGUCUGAUCCUUUUGAUGUUAUAGAGAGCAAAUUGACAGGACGGAGCAAUCAAGGCCACAUGAACCUUGAAGGUUAGCUUGUCAUCAAUCAUGACACCCAGAUUUCUGUUUGAUCCAAACUUGAUAUUGAUCUGCGGGCCCACUGUGGGAGUGGCUGGAAUUACAAUAAGCUCAGUCUUGGACAGGUUGAGUUGAAGGUGAUGUUCCUUCACCCAUUUAGAAAUAUCAGUAAGGCAGGAUGAGAGUCAAGCUGAGACACUUGUGUUUUCUGGUGGAGAGGAUGGGAAAAGCUGUGUGUCAUAGCUUAAGCAGUGAUAGGAAAAGCAGCGGGGGUGGAUGAUUGCACCAAGUGGGGUGCUGUGUAUUGAGAAAAGGAGGGGACCAAGCACUGACCCUUGAGGCACCCCUGUUGAUAAGCCAUGAAUAUCGGACACUUCUCCCCGCCAUGAUACUCUAAACGAUCUCUCUGUGAGGUAUAAUAUGAACCAGACAUGCCAACCCAGUGUUGUAGGCGUUCCAUUCAAAUAAAAUAAAGAUAUUCAUGCGUCAGCAGCAAUCAGCAAAUCAUUUAACACUUGAAGUUUGGUUGUCGUUCUGUGUUUCGUCCUAAAACCAGACUGGAACUUCUCAAAGGGCUCAUCGUUAUUUGAAAAAGAAACAACUUGUUCAGCCACGAACUUUUCAAGAAAAAAGCUGUUGACCAGCAACAAAAUUACAGAAAAGUCAACUCCCUCAAGUUCCACCACACUGAAUAACAACAUGUUUGCACUCAAAAUAAAGACUUAAGUAGACAAUUUAGAUGAGAUACUCUAAAAUCUUAAUUGAUGCUUAUUUGUAACACAGAGUUUAAAAUAUCUAUGUGUAACACAGCCAGCAUGAGAGUUGCGUAAAUCUGUGUUUGACUUUUUUUCUGGUCUUAAAAGAGGAAAGGGAAUCUGUAUGCCAGGCUUCAGGAUUCCCACUAGGUGAACUUUAUGGACUCGUCCUCUGUGCCUGUGAUCACUGAUAUAAAACCUACCCUCUGAGCUUUGAGUUCACCAUAUGUCAACCCCUAAAUGUUCCCGGUGUCUGAUUUUUACUCCAUCUUUUCAUGGACUGAGAUGAACCAGACCUCACAGUGCAAGUCAGGUUUGCCAGAUUUGGCAUUUUCUCCACUGAGUUCGGCCCCUUUUUGGUUAUGAAGUUGGACAAAUAUUGUUUUUUAUCUUGCGGGGCACGAAGUUCACUUGGUCUGGCAGGAAAUGAAAUGACGAUGUGAUCUAGACUAUGAUAAAAAAGCAACAACAACAACAUAACAACUAUGAAAAAAGCAGUGCUACGAGGGCUGGAACAUUAUUUGCAAUACAUUUAAAGAUGGAAAAUUGUUCUUUUUACAUUCCAUACAAUUUUUCACUUUUGGCACACUAUAGUUUCACCGCUGCAGCUGCCAUUUACCUGAUUCAAGCUGCUGCCAUGAUUUAAACUCGGGCCACUGUGCUUUUAAUAAAACAUUUCUCUUUAAAAUGUCCAAGACAGCCGAAAUGAAAAGUCAAAAGUGUUGAACACUGUGUUGAACAAAAGUAAAAUAUCUCCAAAGUACUCUACGUUUGAGCCACAACCUGCAGGCAUAAUAAAUGUUCACCUAUUAGGACUGAGUGUAGCUAUAUCACAAAAGCUGACAGAUCACAGUUUUGGGGUGUUGGAAUUACCCCCGACCUGUGGAUGAACCACUCCGAAGCUGGUUUAGACCAUAUGCGUGUAGCAGUUCAAAAUUUCUUUAAAUGAAUGAAUGAAUGUAAAAGUCAAGGGUACAAGAAUAUUUCCUUUUACUUAUGUUUACACAGGUGACACAUUUACCAGGAAAGUUGGGGGAAAUUGUUUUUCUCACAGCACUCCUGGCUUGAGGCUGUUAAGAUCAAUAAAGAAAGUGAGACAGUAUUGAUCAUGUUGUAGAGUAGAUUGGCUACAACCUUAGACAUAUCUUCUGCUCCUUCGUUUUCUCGUUCCAGAUGAGGACCACACACUGCGAAUCCUGCUCUACUCACUCAUCUUCUUCCUGAGUGUGGUUGGGAACCUGCUGAUCAUUGUGGUGCUGACGGUCAAUAAGCGCAUGCGUACCGUGACCAACUCCUUCCUGCUGUCGCUGGCUGUCAGUGACCUGAUGAUGGCCAUCUUCUGCAUGCCCUUCACCCUCAUCCCCAGCAUCCUUAAGGACUUCAUCUUUGGAGCCACCAUGUGUAAAAUUGUCUCCUACCUCAUGGGUGAGAGAAGGGGAGAUGGGUGAGGGAAGGAUGAGAGAGAGAAAGAGAGAAAUUUUGAUUUUUAUGGAGAUGUGAAUUUCCUCUACUUGAGGAUGCUCAUUUGGACUAAAUAAAAAAAAGAAGUGAAUGGUGAGAGACAGACAGAUUUUAAAUGACACAAAAUUAAACAGAAGAGUAACUAGUUUAUGUAAGCAAAGUUUAAUCUCAUAGUGUCGUGAGAAACACUGAGAAAGAGAUAAAAAGGGGGUUGCAGCUAUACUGCUGAAGUUAUAUGAUGAUGACAUGUAUUGUAAAAAAGCACUUAGAGUGAGCAGAUGACUAAAGAAAACACUAUAUGAACAUGUUGACAUAGUCCAUUUACCACGUCUGUCAAGAGGCUACAGACAAAAGCUAGUGGUACUAGCAUAACAGAAGACGGUGAUCAAGGAGAACAGUUGCUUAGCAAUGUGAAAGGUUAAAAAUAACGACUCAAUACUUACUGCAAAGAAUUUCACAUGUAGAGUUGGCCGAAAAGUCUACAUUGUGAAGGAGUUUUUAUGUAGGUCAGAUAUCUAGCUGUUCCUGCCUCAUUUCCAGUCUUUACAUGAAGCUAACUCAGCUUCUGGCUUUAGCUUUGGCUUUCCAGCAUCAGCAAAGGGAGAUAGUUUGAGGAAGCCAUGAACAUAAAUCUGAUUCUGUGCCGGUCAGGUUGAGUACAAGUUUGCUACUUGAGCAAUUAAUCAUGAGUUUAAUUAUUUUAGAAUAUAAGAAUUCACAAAAGAUCAGAGACAUUAUGGUAAAAAAUAAAAAAAUAAAAAAGUGCUCUAGCAAUGCCAGCAUCAUGCUCAACGUCACCUUUAAAAAUAUUGUUUGAAGCGCACAAGGUUAGAAAACUGAGGGAGCUUCAAGAGACGAAAAACCUCAUUGAGUCUUCAAAGGCUCAAUAAAAAGGCAGACAAACAAACUUCGAUCUCCGGGAGUAAUUCAGGUAAUGGGAUAUUUUCAUGCCCUCUUGAGCACAGAAAUGAAAUCCUUCAGAGGAGGACUGAAAGCAAAUAUAAAAAUGGAGAGUGCAUGAGUUCAUGCUCAAAGAUGGACCAGGCAAAAAAAACAGAGAAGGAAAUAAAAAAUGAGAAUCAGUAAAGAUUGAAAUUGAGAUUUAAAAAGAUUAUGAUAAAAAUUAGGUACAAACAUGAUUAGCAACAGCAGGAAUGCUAAACCGGCCUUGGUAGAAGAGCAAUUUUCGAAUUGCAUACAGAAGGUGGAUUAUGUGGAGCACAUGGCCUUUAGAGGAAGGAGAGGCUUCAUCUGAAUGCACUGAGGAACAGAGGACAGACCCAGGGGAGACACUGAUGGCUGAUUGUACUCUGCUUCAGUUGAAUCUUCUCUAAAGCUGCUCUCCAAGGUACAGACAACAUGCUGUAUCCCUGGGUUCUUUCUGUCUGUGUCUGUCUCUUUCUCUCUGACACACACAUAUACACAAACUCACAGGUUGUGUUAUUGCUGAGGACACAAGAGAAGUAAAGAGUAAUUUCCCGUCUUGCCCUGCCAGGAAGGAGAAAACAGAUCACAUCAGUGGUCUGGACCAACAUGAUUUCUUCUACCAGGACUGAGCCUCAGAUAAGAAUCCCCACCGCCCAUAUUUUCAAUAUGUUCAUUUACAAGUUCAUCUGCACAGACCUGCACAUAUUGUUCUCUGUUACAAUUGCAGAUAUUACAAACACACCUCCAAACAUGUUGGUCCGAUUUAAUACAGCUCCAAAAUCUAUUCAGAGCGCAGAGCUGUAAUAACUUCUCAUUCAUUAAAAGAAGAGAUAUCCGCACACCGGCAGCAACAUAGAUGUUUACUUACUUUCUGAAUCACCUGUUUUGUUUUCCAACAGGAAUAUCAGUGAGCAUCUCCACGUUUAGCUUGGUUGCCAUAGCAAUAGAGCGCUACAGUGCCAUCUGCAACCCCCUGAAGUCCCGGGUGUGGCAAACGCGUUCUCAUGCCUACAAAGUGAUCGCUUUAACAUGGGUGCUGGCCUUCAUCAUCAUGAUCCCAUAUCCCAUCAUCAGUCACCUGGAGUCUUAUCAGCGUCCUGACAACACCACAGCUCACCAGUGUCGUCACAAGUGGCCCGUCGCAAAGGCAGAGCAGACCUGGUGAGUGACUUGAUUUGUCUUUGCCGCUUCUUUUAAAAAACAGCUGACUUAGUUUUGCUGAUUCACUUCCUGUUAACGUAGACAAUAUUUUGAAAUGACUUCUUUGCCCUUUUCCUGGACCCAAAAGAUAAUUAAUGGCGGUAUAAAGUGUGUUGUAGUAAUCCCAGGAUGAGACUGCAGGUUGCUCUCAACAGCAGGUUCAAAAAGUCACACUAGGACCCAGAGAGAUACACACAAGAUUGGCUCAAACUGUGACAUGAAACUCCUUAUUAGUGCAAAUUUGUAAUAAAAAAAGGAACAUGACUUUGUUGCAUUGCAACAGUGGAAGAGGGUUCUGGGGUGCUUUGAAGUGCCUUUAAAAGGCAGUUGAUUUCAAACAGAGACCAAAAUAAGAGUUUUUAAAGAAAACAAUCUGAGAUAUAGAAUUUUUGAGCUGUAAAUCUUGUAAAUGUACCAAUAAAGCUAUCAGGAGGACAAUGUAAAGCCUGAAAAUGAGCAUUACUCUCCCUCUUUUAGGAUCAGCAAAUAUUUACAUGCAACCCAGCAUGGUCUCAUUAGUUUUGUUAUUUUGAAGUACAUACAUCCUAUCAAUAGAUUAAAAAAUCACCAAAUCAAAAGAAGGAAAAAGACCAAUCAGUGAGCACCUCCAAACGACAUUCCUACACGCACAAUCCCCUCAGUAUGAGUUAAAAUAAAUGUUUCUUCUAAUAAUCCUCGAAAUCAGCAAUUUAGUUUAAGCUGAUUCAAUCAGAUUCUGGCCUGUGGGUAGAUUCUCUUUGUUUGAAUGACAUAAAAACCCUUGUGUAGAGUUGGAUAUUUAUCCAUACAGCUACUCUAGCUGUUUUUCUUUUCUCUGAUUGAAAGCUUGCAAUAUUUCCAGAGUUACCAAACACGCAACGGCACAUGAACUGCAGUUAAACACAACGCUUGAGAUCAGACCAUUUAUCUUUCUUACCUUUGCACUGCUUGCUGUCUGUGCAUUGAGCUGUUUUGUAUCAAAAACACUUAAGAUGAACUGAGUCUGACCUGCGUGUGCACAUACUUAAGUGGAGCUACACUGUGGAGUGUCUCAUUUAUUACCAUGUUUGGCUCUGGAGCCUGUUCUUAUAAAGUCUCUUUUGUGGAAACCUUUUGGCAGAUGUAGCGACAGGGAAGAUGUUUUUGCUUGGGGACUGAGGGAGCAGGCUUUGGGGUCAUUUCAGGCAGCACAGUGUAUGUACAGUAUGUGUGUUUUUUCAGUUGAAACUAAUAAUUUAUCAUGAAUGUAUUAUUCCUGUUUGCCUGACUCAAGAUUGUUAGUAAGUGGAAUGUAAAUUGGCUGUAUUCAGUGCCUUCUCUAGUUUUUUUUAACCUAUUAAAGCACUUGUAUGUCACAUUCACCCAUUCACACCACAUUUAUACACUGAUGCAAAAGAGGCUGCAAUCCAUGUAAAGCGCCCACAUUAUAAUUUUGAUUGGUACUGCAAAAUUUAAGCAAGGGCAUUCUGGGGAAAAGUGGAACUGCUUGUGAAAUACAGCUAUGUGACCUGGAAAAACACGGAUAUUUGAGAUAUUUGAGGUUUAUGGAGAUAUUUUCAAAACAAAUGAGCAUUUUUGCUGCAUGAUAUUACGUUUUAUUCAAAUAUCAGCUUAUGCAUAGACUUUCAGCUCCUAUGUGCAGGUAAAUGUUGCACAUGAAUACCUGCAUGCACGCAUGAAUGUUCAUUUAUUCACCUCUCACAUGUGUCCUUUUAGGUACAUUCUGCUCCUGCUUGUGCUAUUUGCAAUCCCCGGGGUGGUGAUGAUUGUAGCCUACGGACUCAUAUCCAGGGAGCUCUACAGAGGCAUACGGUUUGAGAUGGGCCACAAAAAAGACUCAACUGGUAAGCACCAAAUACAGAAAACUGGAGGUGGAAAUAUCAUGCAGUACAAGCUAAAUUAGAUUGGACUUUCGGGGAUUUCAAACUUUUUCACACAACUUGAAAGGGUAUCAACCAUCACUUAUAUCCACAUGCUGGUGGUCAUGACAAUUAAGAGUGAAAAAGGUCAGUCAGAUCCAAAGUAGUGAACAUAUAAAAGAGAAUCCUCUGAUUAAAUGAACGUUUUAAUUCCUCUGAACCUCUUCUCAAUGAAACCAGCCUUUUAAUAAAAGAGUUUCCAUAAAUUUUUGAUGUUAAAACUUUGUGUUUUACCUCACAGAUUCAUUGACAUUGUCGUACGAGUAUAAGCUUGAAGUAUUGUGAUAAUCCCACGUCUUUGACAUUUGUGAUUUGUUAUUCCAAUAAAUGAGAAGUGAUAUAAAUAUAACAAAAGUCGCAAAAGAAGCAUAAAUUAAUUUAGACUUUAAUAAUGUUUUAAUGAAAAUACAGUUUAAUUGUUAGUCAAAUCAUAUCUCUCCCAAUAAAAGCCAUUUCAUUCAGCACCUACCAGGCAGGCUUAAUCGUUUUUCUGAUGAUUUAUGCAAAUGGAGAGGAAUUUUAUUAAAAAGAAAAACAUUUUCAUUAACGCUACAAUCAUUGUAAUGUGCGCAGGCUAAGUGAAACAUAACCUUUUGUGACCAGAUGAUAGUCUGUCUAAGCUGACAGCAGCAUACAGUGUGUUUGAGUGUGUUUGCUCCAUUAGAGGAUGGGAUUGGCCGGCAGCUGCAGGCCCGGACAUCACCAUCUGUUUGGUUUCAGAAAGAAAAAGGUUGCCUAAAUCAUAAAAAAGAGAGCCCGGAGACAAAGAGCUUGGAGUAGGAAAAAAAGGAAAUGAAGAAUGGAGAAGAAUAAAUAACUUCUAUUAUAACCUCUGGGAAAAUGUGUUUUCUUUCCAGGUUUUGCAAAUUGCCUACAUUCACUUCCUCUACAGUACAGGAUCCUGUGUGUAUUUUAUCUUGGAGCUCUUAUUAAGGUUGUUAGAAUACUAUGAAGAAGGGAGACAGACCAUUAAUUUUCUCAAUAAAUAAAAAAUGUCCCCUGACAUGAUUGAUGUGGUUUAGCAAGAAUUACAAGUUACUUUUCCUUCAAAGUGAGCUGCUUUUUUUAUCAAGGGCUAUGAUUGAUUCCAAACAAACCUGAACAUACACACACAUAUCUUUGAAACUAUUGUAUUAUUUUAAAAAGAUUUAGAGGCUGUAGGGUGAUUUCCCUGGCCAUAUAUUUUUUCAAUACAGUGGCAAAGGUAUUGUUAUUAUUAUAAUUAAUAAGUUAUAGCAUUACUUAUGUACUUUGCUUGACAGGAACAAAAAAGUAGUGUUAAUUAUGCGCGGUACAACCAAAACAAAGGCAUAAAAAUAUUGUGUUAUUUUUAAAGGAGCUUUAUCCUGAGUCAAGUAUUAGCAUUGAUGGCAGUUUUCUUUGACUUUAUAAUGGAUUAGCACCAUGCCUCUGUGUUCCUCCUAUAGUGAGACAUGAACUUGUUUGAUCCUGUCCAAGGGUUCAGACACAUUGUGCUGCAUUGCACCUGGCUGGUGGAGUCACAGGGUUGGUGCAUUUGACUAACUAAGUGUCAAAGAUCCCUCCACAGUCCACAACAGAACAGCCUUGGGUUUGAAGCAGACACUUACGGUUACAGACACACCAACAUGUGUCGGUGUUUGCUACGUUUUCUCUUCCUGUCCCUCUACGGCUCUGCUGAUUUGGUUGAGAACACUUCAUGAGCUGUAUUUUCAACAGAGCUGUCACUGAAUUGUAUAAUGACAACAGAUGACAAGGAAAAAAAAACUGCACUUUGAACUAUUAUAACUAUUGUAAUGUAAUUAUUGAUUUUAUAUGUCAUCCAUCUGUUCAUAUGUGUGAGAUGGGUUUUAAGACUUUUACUGCAACCAGUCAGUAGGGGGAGCUCUAAGACUUAUAGCUCCACAGUCUGUGAACACUUAUAGAGGCCGUUUUGCUACACAGUCUGUUAUUUUGUGUAACUACAUCCUCCGGUGGGAAAAACUUCUGGGUUGUGCUGAUUUGGCCACUCCUGAGAUAAAGUGGUGUCUACUGACCUUGUCCUACAUGCAACAAAACAAAACAAAACAAAAUAACAAUCAAAAAACCCACAUCCUGCUUCUAUUUAAGCAUCAAACAAACCACCAAUGGAGAAAUGUUUGCUGUAGAAAAAUGAGAACAGAGUUGUUUUGGAGGAGCGCUCACUUUGUUUGACACAUCACAGCAAUUUUGAUGUAAAAACUAUUGGCUCUGUGGUUCGCUCUUACCCCACAUGUAGAGGCCAGAGUCAAAAAGGUGCAGUCCUGAUCUAAGUCCACUUCAUGCCUCUAAUUUGCAUGUCACUUUCUGUUCGUAGCUACCUUUUCUUACCACUGCUCUCUCUUUUAAAAGGAGCACAAAAAGUCUCUCAUUGAGAAGUAUGAAGUAUGAGUACGGCCAGUUCUUGGGGUUAAAGUUCAAACUAUAACUCUAAAGUGGGUGCUUUCACAACAUUACUUCACAAAGCUCUUCAUGUGUUUUGUCUUGCUCUCUCAUACAGAUGUAAAGAAUGGCCUGACUACCGCCGUGUCUGCUGGCAGUGAUGAUGGGGACGGUUGCUAUGUUAAUGUCGUCCAGCGGCCGCACUCUAUAGAGAUGUCCAGCAUGGCAUCAUCAGCCAGGGCGGCUAAGACCGACAGACCACGCAGCAACACAUCCGAGGCCAAGCUGGAGGCCAAGAAGCGCGUCAUCCGCAUGCUGGUGGUCAUUGUAGUUCUCUUCUUCUUCUGCUGGAUGCCAUUGUACUGUGCCAACACCUGGCGAGCUUUCGAUGACCUCUCCGCCAAACGCGCCCUCUCAGGGGCACCCAUCGCUUUCAUCCAUUUGAUAUGCUACACAUCUGCCUGUGUCAACCCCAUCAUAUACUGCUUCAUGAACACACGGUUCCGCAAAGCUCUUCUCACCACUUUCUCAUGCUGUGCUGUGCCCUGCCACCGACGACAACGGCGCCAUGGGUUACGGGACAAUGAGGAGGACGUCAUGGCAACGGGAGCAUCCAUAUCUAAGUUCAGUUACACUACAGUCAGCACUAUGGGAACCUGCUGAGGCAGAUAGAUGCAGGCAGAAUACAGGAGAGACAGUUACUACGGCAACACCGCUCCUCACAUCCUUUGUCUUUAGG